AUGAGCCACUACGGAAAGCUCGACGGCGAGGGUGAUAAUCCCUUCGGCGAUGAUGAGCAGUUCUCCUCCGUGCCGAUGACCCAUUCCGAGUCCCCCGAGCAGAACUACGCCCAGCCGCAGGCCACUCUCCUGGUCAAUGGCAACCCCUUCGGCGCUACGCCCGUCCCGACCGCGGUGCCUGGCUCUGGCGCCCCGCCUCCUGGUGCCUCUCCUCCACCCUCCUACUCGGAGAACUUUGUGUCCGUCAGCCAGGAUGCCCCCGUUGGCGGCGGUGUCCAUUCCGCCUACACCAAUGACGCCUACAUGCCGGACCCCUCGGCGCCGAUUGGUGUCAGCGUCGAUAUGUCUGCCACUGCUCCUGCCGCUCCGGCCGCUUCGGCCCGGAACCUCGCCACCCUCGAUGAGCCGGUUUCCGUGACCAUCCAGCAGGCGGCUGUCGUCUUCACCAUCGUCUUUGUCAUUGUCUGGAUUGGCGCCGGCAUCGUCACCCUCAAUGCCAAGCUUCUGGGAGGCAAUGUCUCCUUCUUCCAGACCGUUUGUGUCCUCGGCUACUGCCUCCUCCCGCUCGACAUCUCGGCCCUGGUGUGCAUGUUUGUCAGCAUCGUGCCCGUGCGGCUUGCUGUGGCCAGUGUUUGCACGGCUUGGUCAACAUACAUUGCCCUCACCUUCUUGAACCACCUGAAGCUGCAAAACCGCCGGGCACUGGCCGUUUAUCCCCUCUUCCUCUUCUACUUCAUCAUGGGAUGGAUGGUUGUCAUCAGCAAGAGCAUCAUCUAA